AUGGAUGCUACAUAUUACGAUUUAUUACAAGAUGAGAACGAUACCUUUUAUAUUAAUUUCGACACUCCAACUCCUAGGCCUCACUUCAUGGUGUUACCGAAAAACCCAGUUAGUAUUGAACAUGAUUUUAGCAAGAUGACACCGGAGAAAACAGAGAAGCUUAUGGAAGCGGUUCGGUCUAUGAUGGCACGUUUUGACAUACCUAUAGUGGUAUUCUGUCCAUUCAUCGAGGAUCGUGGUUGUCCACGAAGACGAAAAUAUUUCAUGCCCAUAUUUGCGUAGAUGUCAACCUCUAUUUGCACGUUUUUGAGCAACAAGAGAGUAUCAUUCCUUACUGGCCAAAUAAGCAUUUAUACGUAACACGCCAAUGGAAAGUGAAUGAUGACCCAAAGUCAUACCCCCAAAAUGUUCUUGGCUAUCCUUAUAAGUGUCACCUUAAUGUAGAUGUGCCCGCCAUCGAGAAACUACUGUUUGUUCCGAGGCCGGUUUUGCCCGAGGUUGACGUACCGGGCAUAUCAGUGAUUCAGCACCCAAGCCAUCCAAAAAUCGGGUUUGUUGGGAAGGAAGUCCCUUUAGAAAAUUUGGUUUGGGUGAUCGAGAAUUUUGCCCAAAAGCUCGGCUUAAUCAACCGGACAUCGAAAGACGAUGGUUAUCAUGUGUGUUUAUAUUUGGGUUCGGGUAAGUUUAUAUAUACAGCAUACUUCUUUUGAUAAACCCAGUACGUAACAGACAUUUUCACUUACCUAUUACCUAUAUUUUCUGUACUAUUAAAUAUUAUAAUGUUUUUGAUAUAAAACGACGAGUUUGAAUGCUUAGAUUUAUGUGUUUACAAUUAUUUUGUUUUCUUUGGUAGUUUCAACUGAAGAUUGGAAUUUCGUCAGUAACACGGGAGAGGAAGUUCUUGGAUACAUCGUGACUAGUGGGCCUCGCUUCUACCAACUGUGUCCUCUGGCACAACGAAAGGAAUGGUUUGCUGCUUUCGAACAGUCCGAUUUUAAAUGUAAAACUUAA